AGGACACUGACAGCACCCCAAGAUAAGAUUUAUUUGUCCAAUAGCAAAUAUUUGGGGGCAGCCCCUCUAAGGAUGGUCAGGGCUGCCAAGAGGUUUCUGAGGCCCUGAGCCAAUAACAAGAAUGACGGCGCCCCCGUCCAAGCUGAUAUUUUCGAUGGCCACGCCUAUACUUCUAGCGGCAGCAACAACGACAGAGCAUCUGGCUACCACAGUAGCACAGUAGUUACUCCUCUUUGAAAAAUUCUCUGGUUCUUUCAUCAUUAGCUGACCUAGGAGUCUGAAAGAUGGAUAUCGACAAAGCUGCUGUUGGACUAGGGUUGAAAUGUUUGUCUACCGUAACUGCAGGGCUGUUUGCAGGCGGAGCAUUGUAUAUAAACCUUGUCGAACACCCAGCAAGGAUGGAGGCGACUGAUAUGAAAACAGCUUUAACUUGUUGGAAACCGUCCUACACAAGGGCAGCUAGCAUUAUGUCUAAAUUUGCAUUGACAUCUGCAGUAGCAUCAGCAUCUGCCUACUUUAUGACAAAAGAAAAAUCACCUGAAAAUGUAUGCUGGCUCGUCUCUGGUGGAAUGCUCAUGACAAUACUCCCAUUCACAAAGUUAUUUAUCUUACCUCUAAAUAAUGAAUUAUUGGCUGUUGAAGAAUUAAAGGAAAAAGGGGAUUCAUGGAUUUCUGAAAACCUAGAAAAGUGGAAUAAGGUACAUUUCUGUCGCACAGUGCUUGGUGUCAGUGCUUUUAGCACAAUGGUUUAUUUGCUAACAAAAGAAGGCAAUUAACUUAUUGUUUGAUAACUAGAGUUGAAUGUUGUGGAGGUGACAAAAAGCAUUUAUAUGAUGAUAA